AAUGUAACAAAGCUGUGGGGACUAACGAAAGCGAACCAAACACAACGCCCAUACGGCCAAAGUCAAAGAUUUUCCACAUAUAUUAAUGUCUUUAUAAACCUUUAGAUCUCUCUAAUGCCUUGUCAGUUCUUUUGAUUUAGAAGCAACGGUAUUUUUACCAAUUUUCUCGAGAAAAUAACGGAAUUUUGCCGGGAAAAUUUUGUUCGCUAUGUCGGACGCUUUAAUCAAUGGACUGGCUGGAGCUGGUGCCGGGAUCAUCGCUCAGCUCAUCACAUAUCCGCUUCAAACUGUUAAUACUCGGCAACAAACGGAGCGUGACUUGAGCAAAGAGAAAAGAAGGCUUGGAACCAUUGAGCAAAUGUGUCAGGUUGUAAAGCACGAGGGCUGGGAACGGUUGUAUGGUGGUUUGACACCAUCUCUAGUAGGUACUGCUGCAUCUCAGGGUGUUUACUAUUAUUUCUAUCAAAUAUUCAGGAAUAAAGCUGAAGCUAAGGCUCUUGAACACAAGAGGAAAGGGGUUGGUGAUGGAUCAGUUGGCAUGUUUUCAUCACUUGUGGUUGCUGCUCUAGCAGGGUGUGUAAAUGUUCUGUUGACAAACCCCAUUUGGGUGGUAGUUACUCGCAUGCAGACCCACACAAAAAUAUUGAAGAAGUCCCAGCUCAGUCAAGCAGAAGCAGUUACUCCAGAUGAAGUGAUUCCUGCUGCGCUUGAGCCUCCUCCCUAUGGAACUAGCCAUGUGAUUCAAGAAAUAUAUGGUGAAGCUGGAUUGUGGGGCUUUUGGAAAGGUGUAUUCCCAACAUUGAUAAUGGUAAGUGAAUACUUACUCCUCUGUGUCACUGGAGCGACAUUGACUGUUUCCCACUAUUUUUUACAGGUGAGCAAUCCAUCCAUACAAUUCAUGCUUUAUGAAACCAUGUUAAAGAAGCUGAAGAAAAGGCGUUCCUUGAGUAAGAAGGAUGGCAUACGUGUCACUGCUUCAGAGAUAUUUCUUCUUGGAGCUUUGGCAAAACUUGGAGCCACUGUUGUAACAUAUCCACUACUCGUUGUAAAGUCGAGGCUUCAAGCAAAACAGGUCCGAACUGGGGAUAAAAGGCACCACUAUAAAGGCACAAUGGACGCCAUUUUGAAGAUGAUUCGCUAUGAAGGGUUCAAUGGCUUUUACAAGGGUAUGAGUACGAAAAUAGUUCAAAGUGUUCUCGCAGCUGCUGUUUUGUUCAUGAUGAAGGAAGAGCUUGUCAAGGGUACUCGGUUUUUGCUUACCAAGGACCGCCGCCUUGAUCAAGGACUUUAGAGUAAGCAGAGUGCUGCUUGUCAAAGUGCUUAGCAAAAUUCAGUUUCAUCAUGAAUAACAUGUGGCAUAGGCAUAGAAAUAAGAUCAUUUGUAUACCCUUCCAUUCCAUUAAGGAUAAUUUAUUGAAACAAUUUGGUGUAAUAUCCGAUUUGGAUUUUUUAGAUAUUUGAUUGUGUUUCACUGGCAUUGCCUCCAAAUUUGAAUGUUAUUAUAAUCAUACAGAUUUGAUUCGA